AUUAAAAAAGCACGAUUCUGUCAGAAGAUUCACAAGGUGACAAAGCACCGAUCGAAUGAUGUGGCGAAGAAGCUUAACCACUUUCUCCGGCAAUGGCGGCGCCACCGCGGCAUUGAGGCACAAGAAAUGGGACGCGGUCGUCAUCGGCGGUGGCCAUAACGGCUUGAUCUCCGCCGCAUACCUAGCUCGCGCCGGCCUCUCAGUCGCCGUUCUCGAGCGCCGGCACCUCAUCGGCGGCGCCGCUGUUACUGAGGAGCUAAUCCCUGGCUUCAAAUUCUCUCGCUGUAGCUACCUCCUCAGCCUCCUCCGUCCUCAAAUCUUAAGAGAGUUAGAGUUGAAACGACAUGGUUUGAAGCUGUUGAAACCGAUGGCGUCGUCGUUUACGCCAUCGCUUGAUGGACGUUACAUGCUGUUAGGGCAGAGUGAUGGGCAGGAUCAUUCUGAGAUUUCUAAGUUUUCUAAAAGAGAUGCUGAUGCUUAUUUCAGAUAUGAAGCUCAUCUCCAAAAGUUCAGUAAGGUCCUGGAUUUUGUUUUGGAUUCACCUACCCCUGAAAUUCUGCAUGAGGGUGCUUCUACAGUUGACUUGCUGAGGCAUAAAUUGCAAAGAUCUAAGUUUUGGGCUCAAUGUCUGGGGCAUACUCUAUCCUUAGGGCAAAAGGGCAUGGUGGACUUGAUGGAAUUAUUAUUGUCUCCAACCUCAAAGGUCCUGGAUAAAUGGUUUGAGUCAAAUUUGUUGAAGGGAACACUUGCAGGAGAUGCUAUCAUUGGGAGUAUGAUGAACAUCAACACACCUGGAAGUGGAUAUGUUCUGCUACACCACGUGAUGGGUGAAACUGAUGGUGAUCGUAAUAUUUGGUCUUGUAGGACUCAUUGGUUUCUACCAAACAUCAACAUCAAGCUUAUAGUAAACAUGCAUGUAGAGGGUGGUAUGGGUGCAGUAUCCUUAGCUAUAUGUAAAGCUGCUAAGGAAGCUGGGGUUCAUAUUGAAACAGAUACAGAGGUUUUAAAGGUGAUGGUGGAAGACUCUGGCAGGGCAAAUGGAGUAUUGCUGGCUGAUGGGACUGAAGUGCACUCUUCAGUUGUUUUGUCUAAUGCAACUCCUUAUAAGACCUUUAUGGAAUUGGUACCUCAAGAGUUUCUUCCUGUUGAAUUUCUUUGUGCAAUUAAGCAUUCUGACUACAGCUCUGGAACAACAAAAAUCAAUGUAGCUGUUGAUAAGCUGCCUCAGUUUCACUGUUUGAAGACAAAUCACGCAGAAGUGGGUCCUCAACAUACGGCUACCGUCCAUAUUGGUUUUGAAAGUAUGGAGAACAUUAUAUCAGCUUGUCAAGAUGCUUAUAAUGGCAUACCAUCACAAAGGCCUGUGAUGGAGAUGACAAUCCCUUCUUCAUUGGACAACACCAUAUCUCCACCUGGUAAGCAUGUCAUCAGCUUAUUUACGCAAUAUACGCCUUAUAAACCCUCAAAUGGUAGCUGGGACAAUGCUGCAUACAGAGAAUCAUUUGCACAAAGAUGUUUUAACUUGAUUGAAGAAUAUGCGCCUGGCUUCUGCUCAUCUGUCAUAGGUUAUGACAUGCUAACACCACCAGAUUUGGAAAGAGAAAUUGGAUUGACAGUCAAUCUUAGGUCUGGCAAGGAGGUUUACAUAGCAGUGGGUACAGGUGCAGAAAAAAAUCCGAGUGGCGAGAAAAAUGAAAAAAUUGAGAAAAAUAAGCUAACUCCUGCACCUGAACAUGUUGAAGAUGAUGAGCAAUCCAUACCACUCCCCUUUCCCAGAGAGCCGUGAAGAGCAAGAAGAUGGACCAAAUAGUCAAAGAAAGGGAGAUUUUGGAUGUCUUCAAGAAGGAUGAAGUGAACAUUCCUCUCCUUGAGGCAAUCAAACAAAUUCCAAGGUAUGCAAAAUUCCUCAAGGAGAUGUGCACUAACAAAAGGAAGCUGAAGGGGAAUUCUAGAGUUAACAUGAGUAGAAAUGUCUAUGCAAUCAUACAACAGACAGGGCUGCCCGAGAAAUGCGAAGACCCUGGAGUUUUUACUGUGUCGUUUCUUCAUAAAUAAAUGCACUCUUUUUUGUGUGGCACAGUUCUUUUAUAUUAUUUAAUUGAAAAUUAGCAAA